CUAGGUUAUCUAUCUGUGGCGGCUGUCAUCCUUAUUUCAAUUGCUAUUUCUGUGGGUAUACUCUUUGCCUUGAGUGCCAUUGCUCUAUUAUUUUUGUUUAAAAAACAUAAAGAUGCAAGGGGUCCUGAUGAGAUGCCCCCGUGGACACCUACCAAUAGAUUAGUUGAUGCAUUCGGUUUAUUUGGUACAGGAAGUUUGGGAGCAGCUACAAUUGCAGCUACAGCAGCAGGAGCGGGAGUAGCUGAAGCGUCUACCACAGGUCGUGCUGCUGCAGGACCUUCUAAUACAACCUCGAGAUCUGCUUUCCAGCACGAUGAUGGAGACAUUGGUGUUUAUUCUCCUACAACAACUAUUAUCAAUCCAAUCCCAAUCACCACAGCAGCAGCUGCUGCUGGUAUUUUGUCUUUUGAAAGCAUGGUAGCUUCAGCUAAAGCCAACACCGCUGCAAUCAUUAAUGACACCCACCCAAAAUUGUUUUAUGCCAAAUAUGCAUUCAAAGCCCAAGAAUUUGGAGAGCUUAGUUUAGAUGCAGGAGAUACAAUUGUAGUAACCGAUACUACUGAUAAUGUUUGGUGGCUAGGUUACAAGGAUGGUGGUUUAAAUAAGCCACUAUCCGGAGUGUUCCCUAGUAAUUAUGUAAAGCCCUAAUUAUACCUAUAUUACUUUAAUUUCAUACCUUUUAUACCAUUUUUGUAGUUUAUAUAACCCUUCCCCUUUUCCUCCCCUUUCACCUUAUAUAACAUUUA